AUGAGUGAUAAAAAUUCUGAACAAAAUCAACAACCUCGUCCACAUUCACAACCUCAAUCGCAACAACAAUCCAGCCAUAACAACCCCCAGAGGAAGAAGUUUGAGAGCCCUAAGAGGGAGGCUAUUGUUGACCUAACCAAAUAUAAGGAUACACAAGUCCGUGUUAAAUUAAUGGGUGGCCGUUUAGUAGUUGGUGUUCUAAAGGGUCAUGAUCAAUUGAUGAAUUUGGUUCUAGAUGAAACUGUUGAGUACAUGAAAAAUUCAAACGAUGAGGUCUCUAAGGAUAAAACUAGAGAACUAGGGUUUACUGUCAUCAGAGGUACUAUAUUGGUCUCUAUAAGCCCUGUCGAUGGCUCAGAAGUUAUAUAUGUCCAGACUUCUUAA